GAUUCAAAUUCUCAUAUUUUGCAUUUCAUAUAUCACACAGUCUCAUACCAAAAAAAUACCAACUUCAAAAACAAAAGCCAAACUUUACUCUGCACUACAAUUCUCUCCCAAAAAUUUCCACGGAUCAAGAAAUGGGGUCUGCAACAUCGUCUAUGGCUGCAAAGUUCGCAUUUUUCCCACCGGACCCUCCGUCAUAUGACACGUACAUCGACGAACCAACCGGGAAAAUGAGGAUCUCCGAUGUUCUUCCUCGAGACGAUGUUGACGUGGUGAAGCUGAGCACAAAAAAAGGGAAUGAGAUUGUGGCUAUGUAUGUCAAAAAUCCAUGUGCUUCACUCACUCUGCUUUACUCCCAUGGAAAUGCUGCUGAUAUUGGUCAGAUGUACCACAUUUUCACUGAGCUUAGUCUUCAUCUGGGUGUCAAUCUCAUGGGCUACGAUUAUUCUGGCUAUGGACAAUCUUCUGGAAAGCCAAGUGAGCAGGACACAUAUGCAGACAUAGAGGCAGCAUACAAAUGCCUUGAAGAGAAGUACGGCAUAAAGGAGGAAGAUGUUAUUUUGUACGGACAGUCAGUUGGAAGCGGACCUGCAUUGGAUUUGGCCAUUCGUUUGCCUAACUUGAGGGGUGUUGUUCUUCACAGUCCGAUACUGUCCGGCCUUCGAGUGAUGUACGCUGUCAAGAAAACAUUCUGGUUCGACAUUUAUAAGAAUAUCGAUAAGAUCCCACAAGUCAGUUGCCCAGUUUUGGUGAUUCAUGGAACUGAAGAUGAAGUUGUGGAUUUCUCGCAUGGAAAACAGCUGUGGGAGCUUUGCAAAGAGAAAUAUGAACCCUUGUGGCUCAAAGGAGGCAACCAUUGUAACUUGGAACUCUAUCCAGAGUACUUGAGGCAUCUCAGGAAGUUCAUAUCUGCCAUAGAGAAACUACCCCGUCUUCGAAAUUCAACCGAACAGAGUGCAGAUCAAUCGGAGUCUCCUCUGAAGACCGAAGACAACAAGGACAAGGCAAGAUCAAGCACUGACUUGAGAGACAAGUCUAGGUCCAGCACGGGGCAGCGAGACAAGUCCAGGCUCAGCACAGACAGUAAAGAGAGAUCAAGAACAAGUACUGAGAAGAGAGAGAAGUCAAGAAGGAGCACAGAUCGGUCUGGAAAGGCAAGGAGCAGCAUAGAUCAGUCGGAGAGAGCUAGAAAUAGCUUCGACCGAUUGGGAGAUAUGGUGAGGUCAGUUGGAUUAUGUAACGUAGAUUGUCUGAAGCAGGCCGCUUUAGAGGCUUGAGUGCUCUCGUACCUUGGAUUGCAAUUUGUUUAUAGACCAGUACAUGUUUGGUUGAUGGAAUGUUUGGCUCAAGGGAAUGCAUUUUUGCCCCAUAUAUCUUAUCAACUUGUAAUAGCUCAAUGCAGCGCCACUCCUCGCGGGGUUUUUCUUUCUGAUCCGAUCCGAUCCAAUCCAAUUCAAUCCAAUCCUAGACGCCAAACUUGACCCUCAAGGCCGUCUCGGUCUCUUGUGAUUUAUGAUCUUAAAAUAUGUUGCAGGGUUU